AUGACAAUCAAAUCCAUUGUCUUUCCUACUCAAUCUGGGAUUGACGAGUGGAAUAACAUCGAAAAGCCACCAAUUGUGGAAGACGUUGAGAUAUCAUCACCAGCGUCAACUUUCAUCCACUACACGAAUAUGUCAUAUUUCCACCACGCAUUAUUCGCAAAAACCCAUUUAACUGCAUCAAGAGAAAUCAAUACAAUUCAGUUAUUUGAUGAUUGCAUUAAAGCAGCCGAUCAUUUCAUCUACGACCUUUAUGCACGCAGAUCUAUUACAAAAGCACUCCUUCCUUCAGUCGAUAGAUCAGAAGUAAUUCCAGAUAAUGAAACACCGCAACAAGCAGAAGAGCGUCAAGCAAGACAAGCAGCAGUUCGUAAAGCAACUGAACCUUUAUUCACCGAACUUUACAUUUUGUUAAAUGACUGCAAAACUUUUGCUUCGGAUACUGUCAGCCACUUAAUCAGACUCUUCUCUGAUAAUGGCGUCUGGUCUAAUGGCCAAUACAGUGCCAAUCUGAUCCACGCAAUCUGCAGAUUGUUCUAUCGUCUUGCAACACUCGAUGAAAUGCAUCUUAUCAAGCCAUCUCUUGCAAACGACUUUUCCAACCUCAUGAGCUACGCAUUUUCCGGAAAAGGAAAUCAAAAUCAGAACGAAUACAUCCAAUUAAAGCAAUGGAUUUCUGCUGAAAACUCAAUCGAAAACGAGCUCCUUGACGGCACUAAGGAGAUCCCAGAGGCACUCAGAUCCAAGGUUUUUCACAUUGUUAUGCCAGUUUUGAUUGAUUUCAUCGAGAAGAAGAAAUAUGUCGUUCCAGAAGAUUUAUACGCAUAUCUUCGUACUUCCCUCUUCAUGAUCAGAUUUUUCACUCCAGAUCAGAAAUCAGAUUCAAAUGUCAAAGAUUUCUUAUUGAACCAGGCUAUGGCUCACCCAGUUAUUCCUCUUACAAUCGAAAUCGCCUCGACAUUUACAGAUCUUGUUCGUAAAUCAAACGCUUUCCCGAAUUUGAAGCCAACGAAAGCAAACUACAACUACGACCAGCUUCAAAGCGAGCUUCAUAACUUCCUUAUUACUUUCCCUGCCCACAUUACCCUUGCUAACCAAGGAGAUCUCGAUGUUUCCCAAAUUUACGACGAAAUCUUACACUGCAUCCAGCUGAUUGGCCGCACAAAGAAUGCAGUCCGCGAACUCCUUAUCCAAAAGCUCCUCUAUCCUCCGGACAACCCAACAAUCAAAUCUCCAUUCGAAAGAUCUGUUCGUAUUGGCUUCUCCAACGCCGACCUCAAGACUGUUCUCCACAUCAUUUCCCUCUGGAGAUCAGCCCACGACCUUCUUCGUGACCACUUUGCCACAAUUACAAGAUUGGUCACUCUCCACAUCAACAGAACCGUCCAGAACUUCAUCAAGAACGAGCUUGAGAAGAUUCUCAUUCGUUGCAAGAAGAUGAAGGACCAAGUUGAAGCAAUUAUCAGCCCACUUCGAGAAUUAACAGGAGAUUGGAUGAGAGGUGAAGAGAGAACUGGUCAGUCCAACAUAAAGAACUUCAAGGACCAUACAAUUCUCGAUAAAUUGGCUCCAACUCCACCAGCAACGAUCGAAUUCAUCAGAAUUCAAGUUUCCCACAUGAUCAACGAAGGAAAUGAGUUGCUCAGACCAGUAAAGCCAAAGGAUAGAGGCCUUGGCAGCGACGAUAUCGCAGCAAUUAACAAUUUCUUGAACGCAUCAGAGAAUUUCGAGUCAAUUCUCUUGUUCGAUGAAGUUCUUAUCGAUGUUGGUGACCAAUCCGACCUUUACUUCAGAGAAGUUCAACUCGAUAUCAACAACGUCACAGCUUUCCCAAUCAGAGCUUCUCUUCCAUUCGUUCUUUGCGAAUACGCCCUUUCCGCACGUAAAUCUUACGGAACAGAGAAGGACCAGCACGGAAAAGUCGUUCCAGAAAAUGCCGAGUUAAUCUUCUAUCCACUGGCCAUCUACGAUGAUGCCGCCAACAGAGCGCGCACGAAACUUGCUUCCAAGAUGCUUAUGGAUGAAAUUAUGGGAGAAGCAACAAUUUGCCUUUCGACAUUAACAACGUUGAUCUCCGAUUUCACCUUCAAUGCCUUCAGAAGCUACGCCACGAUGAAAUACAUCCCAGACAAUAUCCAGGAAGGACUCAAGAAAACAGUCGAUCCAGAUCAGUGGCCGCAAAACAGAUCUUACCGUCUUAUUACUAUGAUUCAGCAGAACUCCUACUACUUGCACGGACAGAAUCUCGAUUUACGCUCUUUGAUUACAAAAGUUGUCGAUGGCUACAUGUGCGAUUCCGUCGAAUCGACUGUUGGAUUAUUCGAUAAAUACGGUAUAGCCUCUGGUAUAGCAGUUACUAAGACUUUGGACAUUCUCAAUGAUACAAGAAGAUUAUUAUGCGAGGCAGGAUUGACGUUAAUGCCUUUCGAGCUCAUGGUUAAGUCCGCUCUCGGCAUUUCAGUACCAUCUAGCUUCCACACGAGAUUAAUGGAAGGUCUCAAAGAAGAUAUUUGCCACAACAUCGCAUAUAAAUGCUACAUGAGAUCGAAUCCAACGAGAUUCUUCCCAGAUAACCCAGGCGUUCCAGGUUCAGCUUCAUUCGGUAAAGGUAAUCUCGGUAAAAUCCUCAGAGAUGCACUUUUGCCAACAUUCUCUGUCAUUACUAACGAGCACUUCUCUGUUAUCAUCAGGCUCUUGGACUCUGGUACAAUUGCUCAGCUCCUUAAAGACAUCCAAGCAGAUUUCAGCAAAAAGAUUGAAAGAUUCGUCGAACUUUACAACAAACAAGCUCCGAAAUUACAGAGAUUCAAGGAUGAACCGAUGAAUACCCCAAGCACAUUAGUUUUCGACAGAUUCGAAGGUGCAUAUCGUUUCUUCGCCGAAGAUACAGAGAUUGAGAAGCUUUUCAAGGCCAUGAAAGCUCUCGGCAACAUCAUGUCCAUUGCCUCGAUGUUGGAUAUCUCAAUUGCAGUCAAGAAAUUGACAAAAAUGCACAUUGCUGGCUUCUUGAGAGGAUCAUCCAUCGAUGGCAAGGAGUACAAUGACGAAAUCUUCAAUUUCCUUCCUGAAGGAUCUGUUGCAUCUGAUGCGAUCAAGAGAUUGGACGAAAGAGUCACCGGAAAAGACGUCCAUCCUCCUUUCAUAUCAGCAUUGAUCCGUCAGAUCUACGACACAUCUGAGAAAACAGGAAUCUUCGAUGAAAGAGCCAUAAAUUACUUGAUGUUCGAAACAUUGACAGGUUUCGCCAGAGCCUGGUCUGUCCUUGAGUUUGUCUUCUGUAUCAACUGCGUCGACAACAAGAUGGGAUCAUCUCUGAGCCCACUCCAGGUCUACGGCGAAGGCGUGAUGUUCAUUGCCGGUGCAAUCAUCGCGAUCAUCGAGCAGGAGAACAUCCACUUCGCAACAGACAUCGGAAGGAGAAUCAUGAGAGUGAAAGGACUCGAUUUCGCUUCUGCAAACAACGACAGACUCGCCAGAUUUUGCUCUUUGUACGAGUUAGAGUCGAGUUCUCUUCACUGGGCAAUAUCUGUUAUCUCUCCAAUAGCUAAACAGAUGAAGCUCGCUGACCAGUACGAAGACAAAUAA